GGACACAUUUUGGCAGUAGAACCAAGAUCCGUGGAUCCACAUGUUUCCUUGCGCACGUGCAAAGAAGAUGGCAUGUUUAAAUCAGAGGAAAUAUUUCGGUUGCGAGUGGGUCACAAAUACCCGUACCCGUUUCCCACGAACAACGACCCGCCACCCGCAUUGAAGAGUAUAUAUGAAGCUUUGGCAGAUACAACAAUGGUGAUAAAGUAAAAGCAUAAAGUGAGUUGAAGGAUGAAGAAGCAAAUCAAGUGCUUGCUCCGGAAAUGCAAGACCCUGUCGCGGCAGCUGAGCCGGAGCUCCUCCUACACCAGCCUGAGAUCCAAAUCCGCCCGGGAUUACUACGGGGAGGAGAUCUUCGUGGGCAGCUCGCAGCGGCGGUACGUCAUCAGCUCCGACCACUUGAACCAUCCGGUGCUGAGCGCGCUCAUCGAGAGGGAGUCGGGGCCGGGUCGGGCCGUCGUCAAGUGUGAGGUGGUGCUCUUUGAUCACCUCUUGUGGAUGCUUGAAAAUGCAGAUCCGAAUAUCGGCUCCGAUUCUCUCCAAGAGCUGGCCCAACUCUACAUUUAUUAAUUAAUAUUUUGUCGAUUCCUCUCAAGAUAUGGCCAAACAGUCGCGUCUUGUUGCAUAUUCUUAGCUACGUGCGAUUCUUUUUUUCUUUUUCUUCUUCUAAACAUAUAGAAUAAGAUUAUGUACAAGUUAAGUUGGAUUUCGAUGGCUGUUAUAUUGUGAUCUUGGAAUUAAUAUGUGCUCUUUGCUUUUCA